CCUAAGGAAGAGGUUGUGGGGUUUUGUUUUGCUUUCCUGUGUCUUCACAGUCCCGGGGAGCUCUUCCUACGGAGAUCCGGGCUGCAGGGAGCUGGGAGGCGCUGCCUCCCGGCUCCUGUUGGGACCCACCAGCCCCGCCGCUGGCCAGCGCUCGGCCGGGAAGCACCGGGGUCCCGCAGGGCUGCCUCGACCCGGUGCCUGGGCGACCUACCGCGGUGGCUCCGUCAAACCGGGCGGAAGCGCGGGAGCGCAGGGCUGGGCAGGCCCAGGCGUGGCUGCCCCGGCGCACCUGGACUAGCCGGCAGGUGGGAGCGUCGCAGCCCGGGGCCCCCGCCCUCGCGCGGGGGAGGAGCGGGCGGCGCGAGGCGGGCGCAGCGGGGGCCGGGGCGCUGGGAGCCCGUUGGGCCGCGAACGCAGCCGCCACGCCGGGGCCGCCGAGAUCGGGUGCCCGGGAUGAGCCUCAUCAGGAAAAAAGGCUUCUACAAGCAGGACGUCAACAAGACCGUCUGGGAGCUGCCCAAGACCUACGUGUCCCCGACGCACGUCGGCAGCGGGGCCUAUGGCGCCGUGUGCUCGGCCAUCGACAAGCGGUCAGGGGAGAAGGUGGCCAUCAAGAAGCUGAGCCGGCCCUUCCAGUCCGAGAUCUUCGCCAAGCGCGCCUACCGGGAGCUGCAGCUGCUGAAGCACAUGCAGCAUGAGAACGUAAUUGGGCUCCUGGAUGUCUUCACCCCAGCGUCCUCCCUGCGCAACUUCCAUGACUUCUACCUGGUGAUGCCCUUCAUGCAGUCGGAUCUGCAGAAGAUCAUGGGGAUGGAGUUCAGUGAGGAUAAGAUCCAGUACCUGGUGUAUCAGAUGCUCAAAGGCCUUAAGUACAUCCACUCAGCUGGGGUCGUGCACAGGGACCUGAAGCCGGGCAACCUGGCUGUGAACGAGGAUUGUGAACUGAAGAUCCUGGAUUUUGGGCUGGCACGGCCUGCAGAUGUCGAGAUGACUGGCUACGUGGUGACCCGCUGGUACCGGGCCCCCGAGGUGAUCCUCAGCUGGAUGCACUACAACCAGACUGUGGACAUCUGGUCUGUCGGCUGUAUCAUGGCGGAGAUGCUGACAGGGAAAACUCUGUUCAAGGGGAAAGAUUACCUGGACCAGCUGAGCCAGAUCCUGAAAGUGACCGGGGUACCAGGCACAGAGUUUGUGCAGAAGCUGAAAGACAAAGCGGCCAAAUCCUACAUCCAGGCCCUGCCACAGAGCCCCAAGAAGGAUUUCACUCAGCUCUUCCCACAGGCCAGCCCCCAGGCCGUGGACCUGCUGGAGAAGAUGCUGGAGCUGGACGUGGACAAGCGCCUGACAGCCGCGCAGGCCCUUGCCCAUCCCUUCUUUGAACCCUUCCGGGACCCUGAGGAAGAAACGGAGGCCCAGCAUCCAUUUGAUGAUUCCUUAGAACACGAGAAACUCACAGUGGAUGAAUGGAAGCAGCACAUCUACAAGGAGAUUGUGAACUUCAGCCCCAUUGCCCGGAAGGACUCGCGGCGCCGGAGUGGCAUGAAGCUGUAGGGACUCAUCUUGCAUGGCACUGCCAGCCAGACACUACCCAAGGACCAGUAUUUAUUUGUCACUACCAAACUCAGCCCUUCUUGGAAUACAGCCUUUCGAGCAGAGGACAGGAAGAGUCCUUCUCCUUGAGUGGGAAAUGGGCCUAGUAGAUGCAGAAUUCAAAUGCUGGUUGGGAGAAAAUAACUCUGAUUCUAAUGGGCCACAUUAAACUGCCCAUCUGGAGAAUCGCCUGCAGUGGGGGGUCUUUCCUUUCUGCUGGAGUGGGGCUGAGCAGGUGCUGAGCCAGGCCGGGGGGCUGCUUUGGUUUCCUAGGGAUGCUCUAACCAAUUUCCACAAGCUGGAUGGCUUGAAACAGCAGAACUUGAUUCCUUCAUGGUUCUGGAGGCUGGAAAUCUGGGCUGGAGGUGUUGGCAGGGCCGUGCUCCCUUUGAAGGCUCCGGGGAAGAAUCCUUCCUUGGCUCUUUUUAGCUCAUGGUGGCAGUGGGCAGACGGUGGCAUUCCCGGCUUGGGCUGCAUUCCUCCAGUCUCUGUCUCUUCCGUUCUCUCCUCUUUUAAGAACAACAAUCAUUGGAUUUUGGGCCCACCCUAAUCCUGUAUGAGCGCAUCUUGAUCCUUAUUAAUUACACCUGCAAAGGCUCUAGUUCCGAAUAAAGUCACAUUCUCAGGUU